AUGUUGGAGGUCGUGUAUUUUGAUCUAGGCACUCAUUAUCUGCAGGUGGUGCCCAUGGCAGGCUUGGUUCCUGUGUACAACUACAAGCAGGUUGGAAGACUGUGGGGGUUUGGGUCCUUUGACUUGAUCGAUGUGGGAGCCGACGGGGAUUUCAUGGCUGUGCCAUGCUUGAGCAAACUCGAAGGAGGUGAUAGACAUCUCGCUACAGUACACUGGGACGACCAAACCCCUUUCCAUUUGAAGUACGAGCGGAGAUUCUGGAGUCUAGAUAAUGCUCUGCGCCAGACGAAAACACUUUCUCCGAACAAUCCUGCACAGUCUGGCUCAUCGACCGCUCCCAGACAACUAGAUUCCAAGACCCUCUCUGCGCAACCAACCUCCCGGACCGACCCAGCACAACAAGUUUCUUCGAGCGACGAUGAACAGCACACUCCAACGACGGACGAGGACUACGAAGAGGCAGAUUCCCUGUCAAAAUGGAUGCAAAUCGUGGAAUGA